UAUUCGGCAGUGGAGACGACCAUCCACAUUUCCCUUAGCAUCUAGGCUCCCUCUUCUGUUCCAUCCGAUCGAUCGUCGAAUCUAGCGUGACCGCCAUCAAGCACCAAUUACCAACCCAAUCCUCCCCCAGGCAGAGCAUUCUCCCAGGGGAUCCAAGCUGACAGCAAUCAUCCCACCUUUCGGGGAUCGGUAUUCGUAAUAUGACAGAAAGUGUCACGGUGCCAACGAUUGAAUGUCUAGUUAGUGCGCUGGAUGUUGUUGACCAGACCGGGGAAGAACAGCAACAGCGGCAGCAGGAGCAUCAACACAACGACGGGACGACUGCAGUCGAACUUAACUUACUGAGGGAACACAAGGACGGCGAAGAGCAGCAGGUGGUCAAAAUGACACAGAAUAAGGUAGCGAAAAAAGAUGACCUGCCAGAGCGUGGAACCUGGGGGUCGAAGCUGGACUUCAUCCUAUCCGUAGUGGGGCUGGCCAUCGGGUUGGGCAAUGUGUGGCGUUUUCCUUAUCUCUGCUACAAGAACGGUGGUGGAGCUUUCCUCAUUCCGUACUUUUUGACCCUGAUUCUGGCGGGUAUUCCCAUGUUCUUCAUGGAACUUGCACUGGGGCAGAUGUUGACCAUCGGUGGACUGGGCGUGUUCAAAAUUGCUCCCAUUUUCAAAGGCAUCGGUUACGCGGCAGCUGUGAUGUCGUGCUGGAUGAAUGUGUACUACAUCGUUAUUCUGGCGUGGGCCAUAUUCUACUUCUUCAUGUCACUGCGGGCAGAUGUCCCUUGGCGUUCUUGUGAUAAUUUGUGGAACUCGCCAAACUGCGUAAACCCCUACGAUAGGAAGGAUCUCCUCUGCUGGGAAUCCCUUGGUGUCAACAGUACGAUAACCAAAGUUUGUUCACUUAACUCGAACAACGUCUCACUGAGCGAAAUGACCGAUCCAGUGAAGGAAUUCUGGGAGCGUCGCGCUUUGAUGAUUUCCAGUGGUAUCGACGAGGUUGGAUCGAUCCGUUGGGAGCUGGCUGGAACUCUGCUGCUUGUGUGGAUCCUGUGCUACUUCUGCAUCUGGAAGGGUGUCAAAUGGACCGGCAAGGUCGUGUACUUCACAGCUCUGUUCCCGUACUUCCUGUUGACUAUUUUGCUAAUCCGAGGCAUCACUCUACCGGGUGCUAUGGAGGGAAUCAAGUUCUACGUGAGCCCCAAUUUGUCCAAACUCGCGGAGUCUGAGGUGUGGAUCGACGCUGUAACGCAAAUCUUCUUCUCAUACGGUCUCGGUCUGGGAACACUGGUUGCUCUGGGCAGUUAUAACAAAUUCAACAACAACGUUUACAAAGAUGCCCUGAUCGUGUGUACGGUCAACUCCAGUACCAGUAUGUUUUCCGGUUUCGUCAUCUUCUCCGUCGUCGGGUUCAUGGCUCACGAACAGCAACGUCCAGUGGCUGAAGUGGCCGCAUCCGGUCCUGGUCUUGCUUUCCUAGCGUAUCCUUCGGCGGUGCUACAACUUCCGGGAGCUCCCCUGUGGUCGUGUCUGUUCUUCUUCAUGCUGCUACUGAUCGGUCUCGAUUCCCAGUUUUGUACCAUGGAAGGCUUCAUCACAGCCGUUAUUGACGAAUGGCCACAUCUGCUGCGCAAGCGUAAGGAGGUGUUCAUCGCUGUGGUUUGCUUUAUCAGUUAUCUGGUUGGUUUGACGUGUAUCACAGAGGGUGGCAUGUACGUAUUCCAACUUCUCGACUCGUACGCGGUGAGUGGUUUCUGUUUGCUGUUCCUGAUGUUCUUCGAGUGCAUUUCCAUCUCGUGGGCGUUCGGUGUGAAUCGUUUCUACGAUGGUAUCAAGGACAUGAUCGGAUACUAUCCCUUGGCGUGGUGGAAGUUCUGCUGGGUUUUUACGACUCCGGCGAUCUGUAUCGUAAGUAUUCUGGAGGCUGGUUGACACCAGGAUGGGUGGAACAGGUAAUUUGUUUCCAUAAACUGACUAGAACGGUUAGGCGUGAUGUAAGGAUAGUUGAGGAUCGAGAGAGUGAAGUUUCAGGCAUCGUGGAAUGUGGACGUCGUUCGUUGGAGGAACAACUGAAGGUAAAUGGGCACUAGAUGUUUUCAGUUUCUCAUUGCAGCUUUCAAGUCUGGCUCAUGGAAGCGGAUUGGAGAAUAUUUUCACUUUCGGUUGCUGUAGGGAGAAGCGAGCGAGAAGUUAACAAGCAUUUUAAAUUUGAAAUGU